UAUAAGGCUCGCUUACCUUAUAGUAAUAAUCAGGGUAGUCAUUGACGCAUACAGUUUAUCGGCUUGUUUUUAUUAAUAGCGAAAUGGCUAGCUCUGUAAAGUUGGAAGUGGACAAUUUUGAAGUACUCCAAUCAAAAUCAGAAGAAAAAAGUCAAGUUAAACGAUUUACUUGGACAAAUAGUAACAAAGUUGCAGUUCAGCUCAUCAAUUAUGGCGGAAUUAUUACAUCAAUAAAAGUACCAGAUAGAAGUGGAAAAGUUGAAGAUAUAGUCACCGGAUAUGAUUCCGUUGAAGAAUAUCAGAAACCCAAUAACCGUUACUUUGGAGCAACAAUUGGAAGAGUAGCUAACAGAAUAGCAAAAGGAAAAUUCACCGUAGAAAAUGUUGAAUACAAGCUAGCAACAAACAAUGGUGCUAAUCAUCUACACGGCGGCAUUCAGGGCUUCGAUAAAGUUUUAUGGAAUUACUACGUUAACGGAAACAAAGUAGUUUUAACUCAUCAUUCAGCAGAUUUAGAAGAAGGAUAUCCAGGAGAUCUUACAGUAACAAUUACCUUUGAGUUAACUGCGAAUAGUGAAUUUUUAAUUGACUACAAAGCAGUAACUUCCAAAGCCACUCCAGUUAAUUUAACCAACCAUUCAUACUUCAACUUAGGAGGGCAUGGCUCAGGAGCUCAAGAGUUAUACAAGCACGAAUUUACCAUCAACGCUGAUAGGUACACUGAAGUAAAUAAAGAAGGAAUACCGACAGGAAAUAUACCUACUGUUUCUGGAACCAUUUUUGAUUUAAGAUUGCCAAAAGUUUUGGGAGAUGUUAUAAAUAAAGUUCCAAACUCUCCAGGAUAUGAUCACAACUUUGCCAUUACCAGAGUACCCACUUCGGAUGUAGUAUUUGCGGCCAAAGCAUACCAUCCUCCCAGUGGAAGAGCUUUAGAAGUAUACACUAACCAACCAGGUAUUCAAUUUUAUACUAGUAACUUUUUGCCAGAAGAUAACUCCAACCAAGGAAAAGGAGCGACCUUUAAGAAACAUGGAGCUUUCUGUUUUGAAACUCAAGUAUACCCUGACUCUAUUAACCAGAAAAACUUUCCGAAAGCGGUGCUUUAUCCAGGCGAAGUUUAUCAUCAUUUUACUAGUUUUAAGUUCUUAACAAUUUAAAAUAAGGCGUAAUGCAAGAACAACAAUCAAAUAAACCUAUCUCUACUAUAUGGAAAAAUAUAAUUUAUAAUUUUUAAGUGAGAGCUUUUUGUGAAUCUUGUGGUACCUACUGAUUCUUUGUGGUGAUUUGUCAAUUGCGGAAGAUGGCGGAGUUCCAAACCUAAUUUAUUUAAAAAAAAUAUUUUCUGUAUAUUUUUUUCCUUGAAUUUUUCCGAUAUUUAUCUUAUCGUCAUCAUCCUUAAUCAUCGUCAUCAUCCUUUUCAGCUUCUUCAACCAUUUCCAACUAUGAUGUAGCCUCCCUCACAUAUUUAGAUACUCUCUUUAUAGUUGGGCCCAUUGUUGACAAAUGUUGGCUAUGCGGGCCGAAGUUAUCCCUGCUAAUUUCCUAAUAUUAUGGUCCAAUCUCCCAUCUCAGGUUCGAUCUUCUUCUAGGUCUCUUAAUUCCUUGUGGGUACCAUGCUGUAAUUUUUGUGGUCCAUCCGUCCGUCCUUCAUGUCAAGUGUCCUGCACAUUGCCAGUUGACGAAUUUGACUCUGUGAAUGACAUCUAUGACUUGGUCCCCUUUUUAUUUAGUAUAAUGCGCUUAUCAUGUUUUUCCUCUGGACCCUUCAUAUGCAAUUAGCAUGAGUUAAAGUCUGUCCAACGAGUCGGAACAGAUAGCAUUCAAAAAAUGACAGAAAAUACAAUUUACUUGUAAACUAAAAUGAGUAAGUAAUAAAAGAGUAAGGUAGUGUCAAAUCCUUAACAUCUAGUGUCUUGACUCAACCCUUAAUUACAAGCGUUUUGGUAGGGUGUUGAUUUAUAGGGCAGUUAAAUAUAUCAUAAACAGCACACGAUACUCGGGGCAUGCCCGAUGCCAUUGUAGUGGUGGCCUGGCGCCUCCACAAAAUUCCUACGUUUUCUAGUUAGUUAUACUCCAAUACUUCUGUUCUCCUUUAAUGAGUUCAACAAUAGAUAUGUGAUUCAAGUAAGUCUUUUAUAACUUCCUGAUACACAUCAUUAAAUUCCUCUCCAGGCAACGACUUUUCUAAAUCAGUAAUUGUGGGUGUUAAUCCCAAGUUAUCCCUCUUGGUUAUUCCCAGCACAUUUCGUUCCAUUGAGCGUUGUGCGAUCUGCAGUUUCCUUAUAACAUCCGUUUUACAUGUCCAGGUUUCGUAUUCAUAGAUCAUGACAGGUAGUGAUUGGUUGAAUGUUUUCUUCUUUAGAUUAAGUGACGUAACUUCCUUCCUAUAAAUGGUGUAACUUCCUUUAAAUAUUUUAAAUAAGUAUCAUCUAUAACAAAAACAAUUGUUUUUACAAUAUCAUUCAGCCAUAAUUGCUUAUAUGAAUCGAAGAACACGAAAAAUCGGUAUUGAACCAAUGCUUUUAAAUAUGAUCAAAUAGCAAAAUAAUUGGUUGUUUAAAUAAAAUUAUAAAACUUCAAAAAUAUUAAUUAAAAUAAUUUCAAAUUAUAAAUAAUCGCAAAAUUGAAAGUCGAUUACUUCAAACUUUUUUGCCAUUUAUUUAGUUUUUCUAGUUUUGCCAGAAAAUUAAAAAGCUGCACUACACAUGUCUUUCCUGGACUUUCCCAGUAAUAUGGAAUAAGACUGGUAACAUGACUUGAAUGAAAAAAUAAACAAAUUUAAAUAACGUUUAUUUGCUAUAAUAUCGUCCUGAGGGACUGUCUAAACAAAUUUGUAGAAGGACAGCAUAUCUCUAUUUUUUAUAAUGUGAAGUUUAUAGACUAGAAUACGGUAGGAUUAAAUAUGAUUUGUUAUAGUUAACCGUUAAUGACGUGAAAUAAACUUGUUAAUUUA